AUGCCAAUUUAAACGAGAGAUAUAAUACGCUAGAAGAAGAACGUAAUCAACAUGAGGAAGAAUGUAAACGUAGACAACAAGAGGAUGAACAAAAAAGAUUAGAGAAAGAGUGUAGAUUACUAGAAGAAGAACUCAGACUUCUAAAAGAAGAGCAAAAACUGUUUGAAGAAGAAUACAAACAACAAGAUCCUAAACAAAUCAUCAGAAAGAAGGAAUGUUCUAGAUGCUUAAAGAAUCUUGAAAUUAAAGUCUUUUUGAAGAUUACAGAUCAAUGUGGUCAUGAUGCUUAUAUAUGUCAUAAAUGUGUAGGUGAAUAUAUUGAGCGCGAACUUAAUAAAGGAAACAUCAAAAUAUUAUGUCCUGAAAAUAAUUGCCGUAAAGUAUUGAAUGAGAAAUAUGUGAAAAAAUUUGUCAAUGAUGAAGUAUUUGAACGGUAUAUAUUAAAUUUUGUAUUAUCGGAAACUCCUAUUUUUAAAUGGUGCUUAAAUCUGAAUUGUGGAUCAGGACAAGACCAUUAUCAAGAAUAUGUUCCGAUAAUGAUUUGUAAUUUGUGUGGGCAAAAAUCUUGUGUUGUACAUGGACUUCUAAUUGAGGCUGAGUGCGAAAGAUGCG